AUGCGGGAGGCAGCGUUUCGUUGGUGGAACGCCCUAAUAAGUCCUGAUAGAGAUGCCUCUUCCGUUCCAGAAAUCCAAGAGGAAUUGGAAAUGAGCGUUAUCUGGUCUAAUAUUUCACCACUUCUUCAUUCUUUAUUUUGCACAGAACCCAAUAAAGGAAGUUAUUGGCAGAGCAUAGUAGAACAACUAAAACAGAUAUUAAACAUCAACGAAAUACCCGACCCACUCGUAAACUUCCCUGAUUUUGUCGUAUUUUUAUAUAAAUAUCAAACAGACUUGAAGUUGGAUACAAUGGAUAAAUGCAUCAAUCAUAUUAACCAAUUUUGCAAAGAUAACUAUUCACAGUUUUUCCUCAGACACUUUAUUUGUGUCGUUUCCGACCCGAGUUUAACGAUCAGAGUUUUUAAUUACCUCCAAAUACAUCAAAAUCCAAAAUGGAUAAAAUUUAUUACAGAAAACGGAUCCAUCGAGCGAAUCAUUGACCUAUUUAUUACGUUUUUAGAACAAAAUCCAGAUUCAAACAAAUCUCACAGUAACUCACAAGAUAAUCUAGAGCUCGCCGACCUUCUUACAUCACUUGUAUUGCAAGCUGGACCUGAAAUAACUCUGGCAGAAGGAAUAUUUUCCUCACUUUACGCAAGAUUAUUGAAAUUAAUUAAAUACUCAAGUAACGAAGAUUCUAUUUCAUUCUUUAGAUGCAUUGUUCAAUUAAAUCAAUGCUGGCUACCAAACGCAACUCAAGAAGACGCUCUAAGUAGAAUAUCUUCUUUAGUUGCUUCAACAACGCAAUCUCCCAUUGUACGCAGCCUUGUUUUGAAGUAUAGUUACCAACAAGUGGGUAAAUACAUAAAAGCAGACCAAUUUAUCGAGAUUUUAAUGAAACAAGCCUUAAAUUCAGUUUACGAAAUGCAAAUACUACAUGAUACAGCACUACAAAGUAGCGAAGAAGCUUUACUAACAACAAUGCGCUUCUUUACUCGUAAAAUGACAACAUCUAAAAUUUAUAUGAGAUUAUCAGCAUCAUUUUUAGCAGAUGUGUUGAUAAAACUUGGUCAUAACGAUGAAGCAAUCAAAUGGUUCAAGCUUUAUGCCAAUGGAUUGUUCUGUUUCGUUAAAUUAGCAACAAUUAAAAAUAAAUAUCUUCACAGAGUGCUACAGUUACUUACAAUUCUCUCAGAAGACACAUUUUCAAUUAUCCCAUGGGCCAAGCAAUGUAUAGAAUCAGCUGCGAGCGCUUGUUCCCAAUCUUUUGCGAAUGUUGAAUUUUUAUCGAACUUUUUCCAAAUAAAAAAGGUCUCAAAUGUGGAGAACUUCCAGAACUUAUACAAGAGACUCAGUAGCUCCACGAGUAAACUCAAAACUUUCCCUUUCAAGUCAACAUCGAGUACAUUAAUCGAAAGUGGGUCAUAUCGACAGAAAGUGAAGCUCCCAUAUGACGUAGAAGAUGUCUGUGUAUGCGGUACAUUACGAAACAUCGGUAUUCAUCCUACCGCGUAUUCAUAUGUUUAUUCAGAUCUACAAAAGAACAACGUAGACCAACAGCGAUGUAUUUUUGAGCUCGAAGAUUUCAUUGACUAUGCCCAGGAGUUCUUAGAUUCUCUCCAUGUCUCGAAAGACUCGAAACAAUAUCCUUUGCCAUCUCAAUACUCCACGACCAACAAGAUUCUUGCAGCCGGAUGUAGGUCAUUGUUGUUAGAUUACGAUACCCAAAUUUCUGAGUACCAGAUCUCUAUCGUAAAUGAUUUCGUAAGAAUUGCAUGCGAAUUAGUCGGAGCUGUGACCCAGCACCAGCAUGUUUUCGUUAACAUAAAGAUGCUGCAGAGGAAUAUGAUCAACGAGGUCAACUCUUCUCAGAACUUCUUCAGGCUGAGAAGGCAAAGAACAAAAAUUGAUAAUAAAUGUCAGCAGUUAACGAAACUUCCGCAUAUAAACCUUAGCGAUAUCAGACAACAAGUGACUGAAAUAAAGAGUAGAUUGGGAAAUAACCCUUUCUCGCUGCAGCAAAGCGAUUUAGAGUACCAAUUACAAAAAUAUUUCAGCGCACAUCCAUCGCCUGAACGAUAUGACGUAUCGGCUGUUAAAGAUUUGAUAUGUGGAAAUGUUGCGGAGUUCUUACAGAAGAUAUUUAUGCAUGAAAAUUACAUUUAUAACAAAUUGAAAUUAAAUUUCGAUCCGAUACACCAGAUAUUAGUUGUAGCUCUGAUAAGGAAUAGUUUUGACUCCGCUUACAUAUCAGCAGGAACUUCACAACUCGACUUAUGCUCAUUUUCAAAGCAAAACCAACUUUUCCUCUCAAAAGCUCCUUUGGUUCUCAAAAUUCCCACUCAGAAAUUAAAAUUGAAUACAAAGACGAUGAAAAAGGCCUCAAAAUUUGCAACACUUGGAGCGCUUGUAAAUCGAAAGCCAAUCACGAUCAGCGAUGUCCAAUGGUACAAUAAUCCUAUAGAUAUUACAAGGAUUAUUCUUACAGCUAUCAAAUCCCUUCCUUCCCUUUGCGAUGUCGACAAUUUGUCGCAAUCUGAGAUAUCUGCGCUUUUACUUGGAGUAAUAGCGAAGGAUCCACCUGCAAAUGUUGUUUCAGUGGCAGCAUUCCUCGAUAGAUACUACCAGCUGCUUCCUUCCUUAGAAAUGUCGAAUGCAGUCGACAGAUUUAGAGAUGCAGUCAAUUUACUCAUCGAUAUGAAGGAGGUAAAGGAGGAACAGAUGGAGAGAGAUAAUGAGAUGGGAUCCCUUAAUGAAAUAGGCCUCUCCUUACUCAAAGCUGCCGAACAAGCAGAAGAAUGA